AUGUUUGCUCAUCAAAGCCUCGGAUCAAUGAUGAGUUCGUUCAUGAGGAGUCCCCGAACAUCAUCUUUGCUUAGUGGAAAUUCAUGGGCACAAAUAAUGGAAACAAUGUUGGAGAGAACCGGAAUGAUGAGUAAUGGAGUAUUCAAUUUGAGACCAUCAUCACUGAAGAAUAUGUUGUCUGUUUUGCAUCGUUUUGCUCCGCUUCAACAAGAGAGCAUGUCCUUUUCAUCAUUGCCAGCUCAAUCGUUUGCAUUGAACGAAAAAGAUAGUAGAUAUCCAAUUCCGAGAAAAACCGAAAGGAAACUAUUUUCAAAGAAGAAUAUUAGUUUGAUAAUCACGGAUAUGGUUACUAAAAGACAUUAUUCAUCACCAAAGGGCUUUGGUAACUUUAAGCGAAGGGACCAAAAAGAAGAAGAGGAAGAAUCCAAAUCAAAAGAAGAAGAAGUAGCCAAACCCGAAGUCAAAGAAGUGAAGCCUUCAGCAACGGAAACCAAUACUAGUUCUGAGAAGUCUGACAAGAAGGAAGUAAAGAAAGCAAAAAAGAAAGAUGAAUCUCCAAAAGAAGAAAAAGAAGAAAAGAAAUCGCAAAAGAUUGACAUUACUGUUCCGCAUUUAGGAGAUAAUGUUGAAAGCGCUUUCAUUUCGAAAUGGUUCAAGUAUCCUGACGAUGAAGUCUACGAAGGAGAAGUAAUCUGUGAAGUUGAGGUCAAGUAUUCCGAUGAAGAAACACCACAAAGAAUCAAUAUUAGAGCGGCUGAAAAGGGUAAAAUUGUGUCGCAUGAUGUGAAAAAAGGUGAAACCAUUCACUCAACCAUGAAACUCGGAACAAUUAAGGUAAAGGAAGAAAAGAAACAGGAAGAAGUACAGAAACAAGCUGAGGAAAAGCCACAAGAAAAAUCAAGCCUCCUGGACUACAUGUUUUAUGGAAUGUUGUUUAUUACGGCUGUCAUGAUUGCUGGUGCUUAUCAACAAUUACAACAAGGCACAGGUUAUACGGCAUCAUUUGACGACUUUAGUAAGGACCUUCGAAAUAAUAAUGUCCGUAAAAUCACUAUUCAUGAACGCGCUACAACCAUUCACUCGAAGGAGGGAAGAGAAUACAGUAUUGGAUUUGGAGGAGACAGCUUUGAAAGAAGAUAUUACGACCUUCUUGAGGAGUUCAAGCAGCACGGAGUUGCUGUCUCUGGAGUUGAUAUCUACUACUCUGGCAAGGAGCAAAAGAACUUUGCUUCUACCAUUCAGGCCGCUAUUCAUUUACUUAUCAUUGGUAGCUUGUUAUAUUAUGCUUACAAACGACUGCCAGGUAGAGGAGGCGCAGGAUUAGGAGCUAUGGACCCAACCAAUAUGUUCACCAAAUCCUUCAAGGCAACUACGCAACAUGCUGUUAAAUUUAAAGAUGUUGCUGGACUCGAUGAAGCAAAGCGAGAAAUUACUGAAUUUGUUGACUUUUUAAAGAAUCCAAAGAAGUUUAGAGAUAUUGGUGCUCGAAUUCCAAAGGGUGCCUUGUUGGUUGGUCCACCAGGUACUGGUAAGACUCUAUUGGCAAAAGCUGUUGCAGGAGAAGCUGGUGUUCCGUUCUACAGUAUUUCAGGAUCUGAAUUCGUAGAAAUGGUGGUCGGUGUCGGUCCUGCAAGAGUUCGUAAAUUGUUCAAAGAAGCUAAGGAAAAUGCUCCAUCCAUUAUUUUCAUCGACGAAAUUGAUGCUGUUGGUAGACAAAGAGGAACCGGAAAGUUUAUGGGUAGAAAUGAUGAACGAGAAAACACACUGAACCAAUUGCUUGUCGAAAUGGAUGGUUUUACUCCAGCAACUGGUGUCGUUGUUUUGGCAGCAACAAACAGAUCAGAAAUAUUGGAUAAAGCCCUCACUAGACCUGGUCGUUUCGAUAGAUCUAUUGAUGUCAAUACUGCAGAUAUUAAGGGAAGAGAGGAAAUUUUUAAAGUUCACAUGAAAGGAAUUGUUUUGGCUAAACCUGCCGAAGAGUAUGCCACACGUCUUGCCACUCUUACUCCUGGAUUUUCUGGAGCUGAUAUUGCCAACGUAUGCAAUGAAGCAGCCCUUAUUGCCUCAAGAGAAGGUGCUGAUCAUGUAACCAUGCGUCACUUUGAACAAGCUAUCGAUAAGGUUAUUGGUGGAUUGGAAAAGAAGAACAAGGUUCUUUCUCCAGAGGAAAGAAACAUUGUAGCUCACCAUGAAGCUGGCCAUGCAGUUGCUGGAUGGUUUUUGGAGCACAGUGAUCCACUCCUCAAGGUCUCUAUUGUACCUAGAGGUUCAGGAGCACUGGGUUAUGCUCAAUACUUGCCUAGCGAAAGAUAUAUUACAACUAGAGAACAAUUAUUUGACUUUAUGUGUCUUGCUCUUGGAGGUAGAGCAGCAGAAAAAAUCAUUUUCGGUCACUUGUCGACAGGUGCUCAAAACGAUCUGCAAAAGGUUACAGAAAUUGCUCAAUCCAUGAUCACCAAGUAUGGUAUGAGUGAAGCUAUUGGACAUGUAUCCUUCCCAGACACCAACGAUGGAUUCCAAGCAGAAAAGCCUUAUAGCGCUACCACGGCAAGAGCUAUUGACAAGGAAGUUAAAAAGAUGGUGGUAGACGCAUAUAACAGAACUGAGCAACUUUUGCUUAAACACAAAGAAGGAAUGAUCGCAAUUGCUAAAUUACUGCUCGAUAGAGAAAAAAUUGAUGCUCAAGACAUGGUUGAUGUGCUUGGAAGACGACCUUUCGAAAGUGAUGCACAAUUCGAAGCAUAUCUGCGAACAAAGGACUUCCAACAGAAGGAAGAAAAAGAGGAGCAAGAAGCAAAGAAAAAGAGUGAAGAAAAUAAGCAAUAA